CCUUCUUGUGGGGGCUCGUAUCAAUGUCUGCGAUGCUCUAACUUACAAAAUCUAAAUUCUGGCCCAUUAACGAUGUCCCCGGUCCCUCCCUCGAGAAAGAAAGGAGGACCAGUCCUAUAGUAAGGCACCGGUCGGUCGUACAGGCACCUGCGUGCUCCUACUUCGUGGUGGUUCUCCAUCUUUCGCCCGUAAAGCCACUAAUCUCCAAAUAGUUCAUUGUUAGUCAAUCAAUCACGCUUCCCUUUCCCCUUUGGUUUCUUCUCAAAAGACGAGCCAAAUUAAGUACAUAACACCACACCAGAUGUGUGCAAGAAAAUAGCAGGAGGUCCAGACCCUACUUAAAGAACUCUUUGGAUUCUUCUUUCUUAUUCCAAGGCUUUCCGCUCUCCGUGUCUGCCACAUCCACAAAGCAUUUAACCCUUCACCCUCCAGAUGCAAUCCCUAAAACCCUUUUUUGAGUUCCCAUUCCCAGCUCGAAAAACACUCGAAGAAAAGAAGGCAUCACUUUUGUCCAUACUAGAAUAAAGCUACGCUUCGUCUCGGGCUUGCUGCAUGCCCCCACAUCUUGAACUAAGCAAGGAGAUUCAGGUCAUUUCCCAGAGAAAAGGUGGCCUUUCUCUACACUCAAGGCCAUAAUUUCACAGGGUAGAAGAAAAGGGAGGGAACAAGAUAAAAGAAAAGAACCUCGUCAAGUACAAACCAGACUUCUCAUAGUCGUUUUUAUAUCAAAUGGGUGCUCUAAAAGCCAUUCUUCUCUACUUGAUUAUACACCAAACAUGGAAGAUCACAGCUGAUGAUGAGGAAUGGAAGUCUGCUACUGCAACAUACGUUAAGGAGACAAGUGGAUCCAUCAUUGUAGAAGGUGCUUGUGGGUAUGGGGACCUUCACAGGGCCACCUAUGGAAAAUACAGUGCUGGACUAAGUAGCAUGCUGUUCAACAGAGGGAGUACCUGUGGGGCUUGCUUCGAGGUCAGAUGUGUAGACCACAUCUUAUGGUGCCUGCAGGGUAGCCCCUCCGUCAUUCUCACUGCAACAGAUUUCUGCCCUCCAAAUUACGGGCUUUCAUCGGAUUAUGGUGGCUGGUGUAAUUUCCCCAAAGAACACUUUGAGAUGUCAGAAGCGGCAUUUGCUGAAAUCGCAGAGAAAAAUGCUGAUGUUGUGCCAGUUCAACACAGAAGGGUGAAGUGUGAUAGAAGGGGUGGGCUGAGAUUCACAAUGAGUGGAAAUUUUCACUUUUAUCAAGUACUCAUCAGCAAUGUGGGAUUGGAUGGUGAGGUGAUUGCUGUGAAAGUGAAGGGAUCAAGAACAGCAUGGAUACCUAUGGCAAGAAACUGGGGACAAAACUGGCAAUCCAAUAUCAACCUUAUUGGACAGCCUCUAUCUUUCGAGGUGAUUACCAGCAGCAGAAGAACACUCACAUCUUACAAUGUUGCACCAGCAAACUGGCAAUUUGGCCAGAUAUUUGAAGGCAAGCAAUUCUAGUAUGAGAGGCUUUUAGAGUCGGGCAUAGGUUCACGCUUCCAUUUGCUUUCUCCAAGCUAUGCGAAGAAGUAGGUACUUGGUCAAACGGAGGUAAGAAAGUCGUAGAGGAAAGUUGGGAAAAAUAGGAAUACAAGGUCCCAGUUAUCUCUCUUUACCUGCUUUUAUUGAGUAGAAAGUUAACAACUCGUGAAAUGUGUAAUUACUGAAACGUUAAGGUUUAUGUUCACUUCAAAAGUCAAAAGAAAAGGUUAAGAUAUGUAUCUCUUACCAUGACUUCUCUACCAGGCAAUCCUUGCUUUAUGAACUAAGCUAUGCUUUGAGAUUUGCUA